AUGACCAUAACGCAGAGUCCAACAGAAGUUGUAACUGAUGCUGACUGCUGGAAUCAAUUUUGUGGUUGUUAUCUGCUUGUGGCUGCCGAACUAAAAGAUGAUGAUAUCUCGGUCCAUCAGAUUACUGUCAUUCACAUUGUCAUUAGCAUUGAUGACCAUGAGGCAAAACAAAGCAAAUUGGGUUUGCUGGUAUUUACUGUUGAAUUUGAAAAUUUAGAUUGUAUGAUUGCAGCGUUGCAAUUGCGUAUUGCAGUGCAGAGUUUUUCUGAGGCACCUCAAGAUUUGAGAAGGCAGAAAGUUAGUUUGGAAGGAUUAGUGAAUGAAUGGGACACGACGGUAUAUCACAGAUCAAAAGAUAGAAGCGUUCCGAAGCGAUCAGUUGGAAGUCAGGUUGCCGUCUAUAGACGCUCAAUUAAAGAUUGGCUGAUGUUUAUUGCCACGUAUAUGCAUCCCUAUGACAAUCUAGAGCGAAUUCUCGUGUUUGGUGGUUAUUCCGAUUCACCAAAUUUCAUACGUGGCACUUGGGUGUACACACCUAUUAUCAACUCUUGGUAUCGUCUUCCAUUAUCAUCAAGUGAGCAGCCUGUUGAUAGAAUAGGUCACACAAUGGUGAGUUUGUGUAAAACGACUGUCGUUCUAUUUGGAGGUUUUCAAGACCGAGAAUCAUAUGCUUUUAAUGACACUUGGCUCUUUGACGGUAUUCGAGAAGAAUGGAAGAAACUAGAAGUGAAAAUGGAAGGAGAAGAUGUGAAAGCUCGUGCAUUUCACACCGGUGUCGUACUGCAACAGGAAAGGAGCAGUUGUCAAUGUAAAGAGAGUUUGUUUGUGUUUGGAGGAUUGGAGGAAUAUGGAAAUAAUAGGAAAAUGAAGGAAAUGAACGACUUGCUGGAAUUGAGAUGCCAGAAAGAAGAAGACGGUGAACGUACAUACACUUGGUAUCGACACGAGCACGCGAACAUAUCCGAACGGCCGAAACGGCGUCAUCUACACCAUGCAGUCGCCAUCAACGACAGCACUAUGUUAGUAUAUGGUGGUGUGCAAGGAACAUCAGCAGUCGUGACGGAAUUGACGAAGGUAAGAGAUGCCUGGGUGUUCGACAGCAAACGUCAAAGAUGGCGAAGAUGGUUUGCUUACACAUUGCCUUGCGACAGCAUGCAGUUUAGAAGUUUCGUCUUGUUUGACAAAAUGCGCAGUGAAAUUCUUCAUGUGAUGGGAAGUGAGGUAUAUAGACUAGAUUUGACAGCAAGGAAAUGGAUUGAAGCGCGUUCCGUAUCAAGCAACUCUACGUCUACUCCCGAGCAAUCCGCGAUGGGAUUGUCGGCCGUCUCUACAAGUUAUGGCGUUUUUGUGUUUAGCGGCGUUGAGCGAGAUCAAGAUCUAUCUGAAACGAGAGUGUGGUAUCUGAUGUUUGUAGGCAAUACAUCCGUAUGGCAGCUGAGUUCUUUACCGAGAGAGAAUCCUCCUAUUGACCAACCGUGGACCUAUCUGUAUUCAUGUCAAGUAGGAGGCAGUCUCUUUAUUCGAAUUUUUCAACCACUGUUUUUGAGCCAGUUGGAAGUUUACGCAGAAACUAUUUGGAAUUACUUGAAACAGUUUGCAUCUAAGUAUGUAUAUGUGAGACUUAGAAAAACAUAUAGUGACGUGAGGCUCCAUAGCAAUUCAAAAGUUGUAGUUUCCCUGUUUAUGUAUGUGAUUAGUAGAGUGAUGAACUAUCCAUACAUGUUUUUAGGUACGGUAGCUGUAUCUACGCAAUGGCAAUUAGAUAUGAAAAGCAACACGUGGUGGCAGUAUUCUAACGUUGGUCCUUCUUCAUGCUUUCGGUACACGGCAGCAGCUGGUUUUAACAACACUUACAUGGUCACAUACGGGACACAAGGAUUUGUUAAUGUGUGCCAUAAAAAGAAAUUAUGGCUUUUUCGUGAACGAUUUGAAGGCGAUUGUUCAAUUGCGAUACCCCUGUCAAAUGUUUGCGUUUAUCUCAUCCGUCAAAGGCGAUGGAUCGAAGCUGAUACUGUAAACGCGCCUUCCUAUCGUCUGUAUCCUGCGAUGGUCGACGUUGGGAACGGUUCUAUUGUUAUGAUUGGAGGAUUUACGUGCGAUAGAAACACAACUGCAACAAUUUUCUACGACAUUUUAAUAGUCAGUUUAUCUGGUUUGACUUUCAGAAGAAAUGAAAGAUUUAUGAUGAAAAUUACGAGGAACUGCUCGCUCCUCAACGAUGUGUGGAUGUUGGAUUUGUUGAGAGACAGCUCGUCAGUGACGGGACGAUGGACCCACGUUGAUCCCGUGCCCAAUACUCCUGUGCCUAUGGGAAGGCUGGGACAUUCACUUUUGGUUGUAGAUUCAAUGGUUUUCAUGAUUGGAGGAUCUGAUGUAUUUUUUAAAUUAUUGACAAGACUUGUUAAUAAUAAACGGCUAAAUUUUCAAGUUUGGUGUUUCCAUGACUUGUGGUAUUUUGAUUUAAUUGGCAGACGAUGGCAUAAAGUACAACCAUCUAAUCACAACGAUAUGAUGAUUUAUCUCGUUCAUCCAAACAAUUUCUGCAAAGUCAAAGCGGCUGUGUUGGGAAGGAAAAUUUUUGCGGUUCGUCACAAUGUCAGUGAAACCUACGGAGACUUUGAUUAUCGAUCAGAUAGUGUAGUUACGCUUUCUCUCGAUUCCAACGAGUGGAUCCAACAAACGGACAAUCUUAGUUUUCCUGUCGACAGUCUGCACGUAGUCGAUAACAGCGUCUACGCGUCUGGCAGUUUGAGAAUGCCCAACGAGAAGUACAGAUACAUGCGUCUACCAAUAGAAAAUCAAGGUGAACGAGUCUUGACGGCCAUGCGGCCAGGCUGUCAUGCCGGAUGGUACUCUGAGAACUGGUCACUCAAAUACUGCUCUCUGUGUCCGAUAGGAAAGGUUGCAGUCGCCGGCUCUACAUCGUGUUCGCCGUGUCCUUCGGGUUUGACGACGAAAGCAGAAGGCGCCACCAACAUGACUAGUUGUCUAUGUGACGAAAGAUAUUGUGGUAGACAUGGAACAUGUUUUGUUGUCACGAGAGAAGGACAGCGGGCUGCUCAUUGUCAGUGUGAAUUCGGUUACACGGGUUCUCGAUGUCAGUAUCCUACGUAUUACAUCAUCACUGUCGUGGCAAUAGCUGUCUUGCUCAUUCUAUUGUGUCUCGUGGUCUUCCUGCAAAGAAUGAUCAAAUACAGACGAAUGAAACGAGCGAGAGAGAUGGAAGUGGAGGAAAUGGGACGCGUGUGGACAAUCGACGGAUCAGAGUUGAGGCUGAUCGAACGCAUCGACGGAGAGACGCCGGGAAGUUAUGGAAACGUUUAUCGAGCGCGGUAUCGGGACAUGAACGUGGCCGUGAAGAAACUAAAGAUGGUGAUGCGAGCAGGCAGACAGGAGAGAGAAUUCGAACGCGAGAUCUUAUUGAUGCGUUCCAUUCGUCACGCCAACAUCGUGUUGUUUGUCGGUGCAGGAAGAUUUGCAGCAGACGAAUGUCCUUUCUUAGUGUUGGAGUUUAUGCAGCGGGGUGCUCUCAGUGCUAUUCUUCACGAUGAGUCUAUUUAUCUUGAUUACAUGCGACAGAUCACAUUCUGUUUAGAUGCAGCGAAAGGAAUGGAGUUUCUUCACAGUCUUCAACCUCCACGAAUCCAUCGUGAUUUGAAGAGUAGUAAUCUGUUAGUGAGCGAAGGAUGGACAGUAAAAGUAGCCGAUUUUGGUGCAGCCAGGCUAGUCAAGGCUCAAAGAGCUAGACAAACGGUAGCACGACGUCGCGCUAAUGCCUUUGAAGCAGAAGAUCUUACGACGCCACUUCUC